CACUUUGCUCAGAAAGAAGGGGGAUAGUAGAUAUGACGACAACAUGGGAGAGACUUCGUCUCUCAAAUGAUGAGAAAACGCCUCCUCUCCUCUACAAAUUCAUCUCGACCGCUUAUACAUACGAGAUCUACAUGACUGAUCUCACAAAUGUAUGGGCCGAACAGCUAAGCCGUCAGGCCAUCUUACGGAGAGCCAACGAUGAAAAUACAACCAUCGAUCCCAGUGAAGACGUCGAGCAGUUUGGAGUCUUGCUGCAGAAGAUACGCGACGCACUCCACGGCGAGGCUGGAAGCAGCGCAGCCCUCAAUCAUCAAUCGAGCGGAGACUCCCUAGAGCUAAUCACCUACACGGAACUACCUGCUCCACUUGAGCCUCUCAAAUGGACACUACGCUUAUCAAAAGAGUCUCCGUCAGCCUCAACAAGCCAACUUCUCCUUCCGUUGGUCAUGGCCGAGGCUGACUGGGAAGCGCGUCAGCAAGCCCUGAUAGAGCAGCUCCACAAAAAGGACUGGGUCCUUGGAAAGCUAUUCGACAAGAUUGAAACCAUGGGGAUCGACCUCGGUACGAUAUUCCCAGGUACGUCGGGCUUGCGGACAGGCCGCAAGGGAACCACGCUGUCGCAGGCUGCUAGGUAUAUCAAAGGCGUUGCGCCGUUUGAUGAGCAAGCGUGGCGUGAAGAGAUCAGCAAGUCGUCGCCCGAUCUGGGCUUUGCUGCCAAUAUCGUGAAAGCAUUUACCGGUGCCAGCAGUACAGGGUCAUUUGAAGGUUUGGACCCGCCUCCGGACGCGUGGUGGGAGCAGGUUGGCACACACGACAGCCCACUUGCAGUGCCUACGCACAAUACGCGCGACAAAGACGUUGAAACGAAGGACGUCAAAGAAGACGACGCCACCGAGACCGACGCUGGUACAGAAACCGAGGAUGAGUUUGAGAGACAAGAGACGCCCCCUCGACUCAAACAGUCAAGAGAGGCAGGUAGAAAACCAUCUGACUCUACAGACGAAGAAGAAACCGACGAGAAUAUCAAAGAGCCCGCGAAAAAGCCUCCACCUCAGCCAACCCACCCGACAAAGGCCACCAGAAGCCUCGGAGUAAUCGGGGGAAGAAGACACCGCAAGCCAGCUUCACCAGAGCCAUCAACACAACCUUCGGCCACCACCAAAAGUAACAAACCAUCCCACCCCUCCUCCAACGCCACCCACUCAGACGACGAAACGGACUCUGCCUCUGAUCUCGACGCACCCUCUUCUCGUCGACAACCGCCAAAGCCCAAAUCUCCAGAAACCAAGACACAUCCCAAAUCCGGACUGGGCGUCAUCGGCGGCAGGAAGAAAGAACAGCAGAAGCCUUCUUCUCCACCAGCUCCGAAUUCACCUUCGAAAAAGACCACUCAACACAGCAAGCUUGGCGUCAUUGGCGGCAGGGCCUCCCGAUCAGCAGAACCACGCUCUUCUCCGACUCAUCACCACCAUCAUACAGCAUCAUCAUCACCAGCAUCACCACCAAAACCAACUUCGAAAACGAAAACGGAGUCUCCAUCCACAUCCUCGAAGAAACACCAACCACAAACUCCCCCCAAAGCAGAACCAGAACCAGAAACAGAGCAGGAAAAAGCAGACCGGAAGCGAGAGGAGCUGAAAAGACAGCUAGAAAUGAAGAGUAAAGCGCCGGCUAAGAAGAAGAGGCGAUUUUAAACUCAUAACUUCAUAUCUUCAUCUACCUUCUACCUUCGCUUCUACCCUCGCUCCUUCUUUCCUUCCUUCCUUCCUUCUUUCCUUCCUUCCUUCCUUCUUUCCUUCUUUCCUUCUUUCCUUCUUUCCUUCCUACCUUUCUCUUGAAACACCCCACUUCAGUCGUGGUGACAUGAUUUCAAUACUCUUCAAGCGUGGUGUGACUGGGUAUCUAGGUAUUAGGUAUCACCCGAAUGAGUUGGUUGGACUAGUUUCCGGGAUUGGCCUUUUUAUCUUCUUCAUCUUUCCAGAGGAGAAAGAGCGCCGUGUUAUCUGAGUAUCUGGAUCUUUCUAUCCGUUUUCGUUUCUUUCGGUUUCUUUGCUCUUACUCAAUGAACAUAUGAAUAGUCUGUGUCUGUCUAUAUCUAUAUAUCUAGCGAG